CAAGUGUGGCAGCACUCAUAACCUUAAAACCUCUUAAAAAAUCAACAAAUAAUUUUUUGGGCAUAUAUUUGAAUGUAAAAUAUAUUGUAAUAAUUUUUUAUCGAACUCCUAUCAGUUACAUAUACAUCUUAAGAUGAGUGCAACGAGUGAAGAUCUUGACGUUCGUGUACGUGCACACUAUCAGAAGGAAGAGGAAACUUUGCAACAACUUCUAAAGUUGGAAGAAAUGUUCCGUGAAACCUUCUCGCUCACAAAGCGUGAAAUGGUAUUCCAGAAAGACCUCGUAAAUCGCCUGUGGGUUCUAUCUCAACGUUACAUUAUAUUAAUUAGCUCCAAUGGCUGUUGUAAACACCCGGAAGUGUAUUCUGGACCAACUGAGAAUAUAUUACUAAGAGAAUACGCCGACAAGCUUCGUAAUUUGCGCUCUUCCAAUUGUCGCAUUUCAGAUUCUCUAAGAAAACUGCGGCAGAAGUGCCUUGUAUUCAAUUCACUACACAAAUGUUUAGACAUGACAAUGGAAACACCAUUUAUAUUGGGUGACACAUUUCACAAACCCAUAGCAUUUUUCAUUGAGCUGGUCGACGAUUUGUUUAAAUACUUACAUGCGCUGAGUGUAAAAUUUAAAUAUUUGAGCCAUCAAUUAGACCCGGUCGAUUUACUGGCUCUAGAGGAAUAUAAAGUAGCUUUAGAGCCAUCCGAAGACUUCGAAGAUUACUUACUUACAGGCCUAAGCUAUUGCAAAUGUUUGCGUCCAAAGAGACCAUGCUAAAAGCGUAGUCCAGCUUAAGCAUGCACCACCGUUAAAUCCUGAAAACACAUGCGUUAAAUUGAUUUGUUUUUAUUUUUAUACGAAAAUACUUGUAUAUGUAUGUAUUUGGCUGGUCCAAACCAUGUAAACAGAACGAAAUUUAAAAUAUAUUGUUCCAAUAUUCUAAACUA